CUUGCUAAGCCGAGAGUUGAAUUGUAUGUGACUCACUGCACACAGGCUCUCAACCUCAGCGGAAGAAAAUGAGUUUAGAGGAAGAGGAAUGGGCGCAGAGAUUUCAAGAACUGAUCAAAAAUGAGAACCCCUGGGCCAAAUGGACCCUGAAACUGGAUGAGAACCUGAAGCCAGGCAACCUGGCCCAGGGCUGGCGGCAAUAUCAGCAGAGAGCCUUUGGCAGGUUUCAGUGCUCCUCUUGCUGGCGAAGCUGGGCCUCUGCACAGACGCAAAUCCUGUGCCACAUGUACUGGGACCCCCAGAAUUGCCGGGGCCAGGUGCUCAUGCGAGUCUUUGGUCAGAGGUGCCAGAAGUGCUUCUGGUCAGGAUUUGAGAAGCCCGAGUUCUCUUCAGAGAGCAUUACGCAGAUCCUGAACAACCUGGUGCAGAGUAUUUUGGACAGAUACUACCGAGAUGGCUCCCGAAAGUCUUCCAGGAUGCCGGUGAAGGUGGAGGUUCCUUUGGAUGGACCCCAUGACAGGACCAACUGUGAGGCUUGUAUGCUGGGCUUUUGUGUGCAAGGAUUUCAAAGCCACGUGCUACCGUCAGCCAAAUCUUUACCCUCAACUAUGACUCAGACCAAUGGGUGUAACUCUGUCCAAAAGUGGGCAGGGCUGAGCCAUCCGAAGGGAAACCAUGGAGAAAGCAGCAGCAGGUCUCCAGGAAGGCUGAUAAACAUAGUGACACCUUUGGGAGGGCUUAGUGACACAAAUGGUUACGAGAGAGGCUUUCAAGGCUCCUAUUUUCAAAGCCACAAGACAGAGCCAUCCAAACCUGCAUGUUCCUAUACAAAUAAUUUUCAGUAUCAGUCAGGGGUUGACCUUGAUUUGGAUGGCAGCACAGGGGCCGGCAGCACUUUUGGGUUUGGGCAUUUUGCUGGGUUGUUUUGUUUGAUACUUUCUUUUAUUUUGCGACUUAUUUUGAAAUAGGUUUGCUUUCUUGUCUUGUUUUGUCUAAUUUCAUGAUAAUCACUUUACUGUGUAACACUUAUAUAUGACAGAGAAUUGAUCCCUGAAACCAAUCAGGGUCAAGUUUACAAAAUGAAUAAUGUUUUCUUGGAUAUUUUCUGAAAAAUAGCCUAAAAUAUAUCCAGGAACAUGAAGGACUCAACAAUAAAUGCAUGCUGAAU